UAGACAGACCACAACCACAACUACCCAUGAUAGAGAGAGAGUGUGUGUUGUUUCCUGUGUGUGAGGGGGAGUGAUGAAGCGAGCAGAGUUUUGUGCUUUUUUAGGGGGGGAGGAAGAGUUUAUGUGUGUGAUACUGGACUGUAAUGAAGCGGCCAGACUGUGUGUGUAUAUGUGUGUUGUCUAAGCAGACCUGUUACUAUAAUUGACUACAUAAUGGAACAAUCUGAGUGUAAUUCCUUCUGAGUAAGACUGCAACAUCGCUCUGAAAGAAAAGUGGUGCUGGCAUGUUAAAAACACACAACUUAAGAUGACUGCUGUCUCAAAAUAGGAAUCUGAAGUCCUGACCAAAAAAAAGUUCCGAGUUAGUCUUGUUUUCCCUCCAUUUGUGUCCAAACUAUUUAUCCUCCAGUGGCGCAGCUUCAUUAAACCUGUGCCAGAAUGAGCGUGUCAACUUUCACACUUUGACAAUCCCUCCUCUCUGAUGAUUUUUCAUGUGUCACAGUUGCCGCCCACAGAGGCUAAUAUAAAUAAACACAUGCCGUCACUUACGAAAAAAAAAAAAAAAAAAAAGUCGGCGCAGAUCCCACAGUCCAGCAUCGCACGGCACCAGUUCCAACGAGGUCAUGGGACUUGUGGGCUGAAUCUGAACCCGUUCCAGGAAUCAGAGGGACUGAGCCUUGAACGUUAAAACGAGGAAAUCCUCACCUUUGACCCCUGUGUUUGAGAUUGGACUAUUGUGAUUGGCCGGCUCAGCUAAGAGAAGCGGAGAAUUUGGCUUGUCGACUGGGAGAUGGUGAAUGCCUGGUUCGCUGAGCGUGUCCACUCCAUCCAACCAUCUGCCUCCAAAGAAAAUCCUCCACAGCAGCGUGCCCACCAGUCCUCCACAGACCCCGCUCCCCCCUCUGCCUCCAUCAUCCUCCCACCCACGCUCAGCCUCCUGGACAACCGCUGCCCAUCCCCGGCCACAGUCUCCAGCCCGGCCCCGGGCACCCCCACUCGCAAAAUCUCAGCGUCCGAGUUUGACCGCCCUCUCAGACCCAUCGUGGUUAAAGACUCUGAGGGCUCUCUGACUUUUCUGAGCGACGCUGACCGCAAGACAGUCCCUCCUCUCUGGGGCUCGGUGAUGGGUGAGGGUGGUGUCGGCGGGGGAGGAAACGGAGGCGGAUGCAGUGGGCCAGGUAGCGGGAGCGGGGUUGACCGCUGCACCAGGCUGCUGGAGCUGGUGAAGGACGUGUCGAGUCAUCUGGACGUGACAGCACUCUGCCACAAGAUCUUCCUCCACAUCAACGAGCUAAUCGCCGCAGACCGCUACUCACUCUUCCUGGUGGGAGAGGACAGUUCCAACAGGAAGUUCUUGGUCAGUCGCCUGUUCGACGUAGCCGAGGGAUCCACGCUGGAGGAGUCCUCCAGUAACUGCAUCCGGCUGGAGUGGAACAAGGGCAUUGUGGGACACGUAGCCGCUACGGGACAGCCGCUCAAUAUCAAGAACGCUUACGAGGACCCCAGGUUCAAUGCUGAGGUGGACUUGAUCACAGGUUACAAAACCCAGAGUAUCCUUUGCCUUCCCAUCAAGAACCACAAAGAGGAGGUAGUUGGAGUGGCUCAGGCUAUCAAUAAAAAAUGUGGGGAAGACGGUGCCUUCACUGACCAAGAUGAAAAGGACUUCUCGGCUUAUUUGGCCUUUUCAGGCAUCGUCCUGCACAACGCUCAGCUCUACGAGACGUCGCAGCUGGAAAACAGACGCAAUCAGGUGCUGUUGGACUUGGCCAGUCUCAUCUUUGAGGAGCAGCAGUGUCUGGAGGUUUUAUUGAGGAAGAUCGCAGGAACCAUCCUGUCGUUUAUGCAGGCUGAGGCUUGUACUGUCUUCAUCGCCGACGAAGACUCCAUGAACUCCUUCUCCAGUGUCUUUCACAUGGAAUAUGAAGAGCUGGGUGAAGUCAUAGACGCCCCCAAAAGGGACUGUGAUGUCAGUCAGAUUAACUACAUGUACGCACAGUAUGUAAAAAACACCAUGCAGCCUCUCAGCAUCGCAGACGUCACCAAGGACCAACGCUUCCCCUGGACGAGUGAGAAUCCAGAUCACACCAGAAACCAUAUUAAGAGUUUGCUCUGCAGUCCCAUCAGGAAUGGCAAGAAGGACAAAGUCAUAGGCGUGUGUCAGUUGGUGAACAAGAUGGACGAGGCGUCGGGCAGCGUGAAGGCCUUCAACAGGAACGACGAGCAGUUCCUGGAGGCGUUUGCCAUCUUCUGCGGCCUCGGCAUCCAAAACACACAGAUGUACGAGACGGUGGAGAGAGCCAUGGCCAAGCAGGAGGUCACUCUGGAGGUCUUGUCGUAUCACGCCUCUGCCGCAGAGGAGGAAUCGCGGGAACUCCAGGUAACCGCGGUAGCCACAGUGCCGUCAGCCCAGUCAUUGCGUCUUCUGGACUUCAGCUUCAGUGACUUUGACUUGUCAGACACUCAGACCACGCUGGCUACUAUUCGCAUGUUUGUCGACCUCAACCUGGUCCAGAACUUCCAGAUGAAGUACACGAGUUUAUGCCAGUGGAUUCUGAGUGUGAAGAAGAACUACAGGAAGAAUGUGGCAUAUCACAACUGGAGGCACGCCUUCAACACGGCUCAGAGCAUGUUCGCCCUGCUCAAGUCAGGACGCUUACAGAACAACCUGAGCGAUUUGGAGGUCUUGGCUCUGAUGAUCGCAACUCUCAGCCAUGACCUGGAUCACAGAGGAGUCAACAACUCCUACAUACAGAGGAGCGACCACCCACUGGCCCAGCUCUACUGCCACUCCACCAUGGAGCACCACCACUUCGACCACUGCCUCAUGAUUCUCAACAGUCCCGGAAACCAGAUCCUGAGCGGCCUCUCCCUGGACGAGUACAAGUCCACUCUGAAGAUGAUCGAGAGGGCUAUUCUGGCCACUGACCUGGCCCUGUACAUGAAGAGGCGCGGGGAGUUCUUUGAGCUCACCAAGAACAGCCAGUUCGUUUGGGAGGAUGAACAUCACAGAGACUUACUGAGGUCAAUGCUGAUGACUGCAUGCGACAUCUCAGCCAUCACCAAGCCCUGGCCAGUGCAAAAAAGGAUUGCAGAGCUGGUAGCAACUGAGUUCUUCGAACAGGGGGAUAAGGAAAGGCGUGAGCUGAACAUUGAACCCAGUGACUUGAUGAAUCGUGAGAAAAGAGAUAAGAUUCCCAGCAUGCAGGUGUCUUUCAUUGAUGCCAUCUGCACUCAGUUAUAUGAGACCUUGGCUGGCAUGUCGGAGUAUUGCUCCCCGUUGUUGGAAGGAUGUCAGAAAAACCGACAGCAAUGGAAGUGCUUGGCCGAGGAGUGUGAGAAGGGACUGGUCAACGGCUUGGUGUGAUCCCAACACCAGUUUGGUUUUCAACCAACACAAAUUUCCGGGGUUUGCCCCGAGCAACCUGGUCUCACAAAAUUUCCUGAAAUUAGCACAACACAUGAAGGAUAGAUUACAUGCUUUAUGCAUGGAAAGUGGCCAAAAAAAUGAAUUUCCUUGCCAGGAAAAGACACGGUGAAGAAAACAGAUUUGAUAGUGAAUGGGCAAGUAGGAUUGCUUUCAACUUUAGUAACUUUAGAGCAGGUUUUUCAAAGGUUUUGUCCUUCUGUCCUAUCUGUAAUAAUACGGUUGUGAUCAUCAAAUUACUUGCACAGUUCAGGGAAUGUGGCAGCACCACUAAACAGGGCUAAGAAGUCUCUGAAGGCAACUGGACUAGAUAGCUUGUUGAAGACAUAUGACAGACAUCUAAGAGGCUUCUGAAUAAGAGUAUCAGUCAGUGGAUGACUGAGAAUCUUCACAGACAAGACUAAAAACCAUUUAGCUGAUGUUUAGGUGGUGAGGCACUUCAUGUUUCUCCUGUUCAUCAUCUUAGUUUUGUGUGUUAGCACACUAACAUUUACUAAUUAGCACACUCAAGCACAAGGUGAUCAUGAUGGAAAUGUCAUUAGUUUUGCAAGUCAGGAUUCAAAGUAUUGCUACAGGAAAUGUGAGGGGAAGUGAUUAGAAUGAAUCCUCUGGGAACCAUGAAUGUUAGUUUUACUCCAAAUGAAUUGGUUUGGAUAAUUUGGAUGAACUUUGUACAUCCAAUCUGAUCAUCUAACUGUUAAUGUCACAGUUUUCCAGAUCUCAGCGAUAACUUUAGUGAGUCAGGUAGAAGUGAUGGCCAAAACUACAAAAACAAGACCCAACAUUUCAUAUUUCUCAACAUGAAGCCUUAAACAAAUUGCUACACAAUAGUGUGUCCCUAACACAUAGUCCUUGUUUCAGAGGUCGUGCUCAUUUCGUCAAACUUUGUGAGACUGGUCUUCCUGUCGUCACCGUUCUUUCAUGGCUUUCACUCACCAGAGAAAAAUAACAGUCAGCACUAAGCUAUAUAUAUUACCAUAGCCAUUUUUAUUUUUGCACAGAGUGGCUUUCAUCUUGAAGUCUCACCUACACUAUCUCUCACAGGUAGUGAACUUUAGGGGAACACUGUAUGGUAAAGACGUAGAUCCACAGGGAUCAGCACCAUUACAGUGGGAUACAGAUAUAUAUCUUUACAGUGUCACAAUAACCUGAUAAGCUUGUUACGUAAAUGUCUUCGUCACAGCACACACACUUCAAGGGUUUGAGUCUUUUGUAACAUUUUUUUUUCACCCAUUGUCUUAACUAUUGCAUAUUUAUUUUUGUUUUAUAUAUUUAUUAGAGUUUCUAUAUUGUAAGGUCAUCCUUUUAUCAAGAGCACACGAUUCUUUAUAUAGGAAAUGUAGUUUUCAUACUUUAAAAGAAAUCCCAUCUCUGCUUUUUUGAAGGACCUUUCUUAGUAACGACUCUUUCAGAUGACAUUUGGAAAUGUACUGUAUUGUGUUAUUUCAAUUUUUUUUUUUUUCAAAAUGUAAAAGAGCCAAAGACUAGGCCUGCAAUUUCAAAGGGAAAUGGGUCUAGAUUUUUCCACUGCCUUGUUGUGAUAAAAUAGGACCAAUUCACAAUUAAAAAGACAAAAACCUUUUCA